CAGCCUUGUCUGUUCAUGUUCUUAGGGCCAUCAAAUAGCCAAGGCACUGGCAAAGUCAACCUCUUAAAGAAAGUACCAGCACUGAAGGACGGAGACUUCACCCUUGCGGAAUGCACUGCCAUUCUGCUGUACCUGAGCCGAAAGUACAACACUCCUGACCACUGGUACCCCUCAGACAUACAAAAACGGGCCCGGGUAGAUGAAUACCUCUCCUGGCAUCACGCCAACAUCCGGGCUAAUGCUCCUAAGACCAUGUGGAUCAAGGUGCUGAUUCCCCUCUUCACAGGGCAGCCACUGCCCUCUGAGAAGCUCCAGGAGGUUAUGGAGGGGCUGUCCACUUCCCUGAAGCAGUUUGAGGAGAGGUUUCUGCAGGACAAGGCUUUUAUCAUCGGGAGCGAGAUCUCCCUGGCGGAUCUUGUGGCCAUUGUGGAGCUGAUGCAACCUGUUGGAGUUGGUUGUGACAUCUUUGAGGACAGACCCAGGCUGAUGGAGUGGCGCAGGCGGGUGGAGGAUGCUGUGGGGAAAGAGCUUUUCUUCCAAGCCCAUGAGAUGAUCCUCAAUAUCAAAGAACUGAGCAACAUUCAGAUUGAUCCACAGCUGAAAGAGCAACUGGCACCUGUGCUGAUGAAGAUGUUGAAAUGAAUUAACCUAUCUUACAA